CGUGAUGCCUGCCGCUGUUUUUUCCCCUCCAAGUGCCCAGCUAAAAAGCAGACAGUAUUUUCAGGGCUUGCUCUCAUUGCCAAGUCAGAUGUGACUGCUUUCCUGUCCUGGACUGAGCAUGAGCCACCCACUUGGUUCCCGUGUCCUGGGGUGAUCCCAGUUACCCAGCGGCAGGAGGGAGAGACCCCAGGAGGAGGAAACGCUGCUGCCCCCGGGGGUUACCACCACCAGUGACAGGGCUUCCCAGGGCCCCGUGACCAGCGCUGCCCUCUGGUCCCCACUUGGGCAGAGGUGAGCGCCUCCUGGGAAGAGGCCGGCGGCCAGUCCCACCAGCACCAGCCCUCACGAGCCGGCGCCUUCUCUUCUUUCUCAGCACUCCGGCUCUGUGGGGUUUAUUGCUCAACCACGCAUCUGUCCAGGCUCUUCCCAGUUUCCUUCUCUCUUAAUGGUUUCUCGUGGUCUGCGUCUGCGAGGACAGGGACUCUUCCUGGAUGCACUGCCACCUCGGACACAGCUCUGGCCGAGCAGAGGACAUCCCAGAACCAGAGAUACCCACGCCCAGCCAAGAGAGGCUGAGAAAGCUGCAAAGGUCCCGGACCUUUCAAGUCACUUUCUUCCAGCUACCAAUUGGAUCUGCUGCUGGAGGGCAGAGGCGCCGGGGUUGCUGGAGGGGGACUGAGCCGUGGCUUCCCUUGCCUCCCGGGUCAGGACGGGUCUGUGCAGAAGGAAGCAGCCCCCCAAGUGUUCCCACAGCCUCCCCAUGGGCAGCAGAGAGGCAACACCCUCUCCCCACCCCGGAACUCUGGCAAGAGGUCAGCCAGAAGAUGGCUAAUUACACAGCGGUGCCUGAGGACGAGUACGACGUCCUCAUAGACGGGGAUCUGAGCGGCGAGGAGGUACACCCAUGCGACAAGUCCGCCUCCGGGGUCCUGUCGGCCCAGCAGGCGGGGCAGGUCUGUGCUAGCCUGUUCACGGUCGGCCUCCUCUCCAACAGUUUGGUUCUGUUCAUCCUGAUCAAAUAUAAAGGACUCAAGCAUGUGGAAAAUAUCUAUUUCCUCGGCGUGGCACUUUCUAAUCUGUGCUUCCUGCUCCCCCUGCCAUUCUGGGCUCCAGCGACCACGCACGGGGGAGGCCUGGACCACCCCAAGUGUGGAGUUCUCGUCCUGCUCCACGCCUUCGGACUGCACGGGGAAGCUCUGUUCAACGUGCUCCUCACUGUGCACGCAUCCCAGGUGAGAGGGCUGGCCUCGGCCCUCAGGACAGUGACCAGCGGCGUCAUUGCCGCACUGCUGACAGGCCUGAUGGCCUUUCUGGUCUCUUUACCUGAAUUACUGUUCUAUAUACUUGCGCCAGAAGACCGGAAUUCCAGGUGCUCCUUUAGCAACCCUCACUUCCUGCCGGUGGAGGAGACUUCCUGGAAGCAUAUUCUGGCUCUAAAGAUGAACAUCUUGGUGCUUGUGUUCCCACUGUCUGUUCUCCUGUACGGCUGCCUGCGAAUGAGGAGCGGGGAGGAGCAGUCAGAGAGGUUCAGGCUCGUCUGUGGCGUCGUGGUCGUCUUCCUUUUGAUGUGGGCGCCCUACGGCAUCGCACUUCUCCUGUCCGCUUUCAGAGAGUGCCUCUCCCUGCACGGCUGCGAGAGCAGCAGCAAACUGGACGCGAGCAUUCAGGUCACCAAGACCAUCGCCACCGCCCACUGCUGGGUCAACCUGCUUCUGUACGUGUGGCUUGACCGGGCAUUUCGGAGACACCUCUGCAACCUGUUCCUUCGGUGUGGCCAGAGCCCGCCCCAGCCCAGUGUCGGGGAAGCCACGCGGGGCACGGUGACAGAGAGCCAGGACAGGUCCACUCAACUCUAGCGCCCGCAUUAAGGGCGGGUCGAAUAAACACUGACUUUGGUCUCUGUG